AUGACGUCACCGCAGGGCUUGCGCGCCGAGCUCCCGGAGGCGCGGGCUGAUGACGUGUCAGCGUUGUCGCCAUCUUGGCAGGAGGAGAAGGAGAAGCGGCGCCUGGAGCAGCUAGAGCGCAAGAAGGAGACGCAGCGCCUGCUGGAGGAGGAAGACUCCAAGCUCAAGGGUGGCAAGGCCCCCCGGGUGGCCGCGCCCAGCAAGGUCACCCGCGCCCAGAUUGAGGAGACGCUCCGUCGAGACCACCAACACAAGGAAGCCCCAGACCCAGCCGAGAAAGCCAAGAGCCACUUGGAGGUGCCGCUGGAGGAGAAUGUGAACCGCCGCGUGCUGGAGGAGGGCAGUGUGGAGGCGCGCACCAUCGAGGAUGCCAUCGCGGUGCUCAGCGUGACGGAGGAGGCUGCAGACCGGCACCCAGAGCGCCGCAUGCGGGCGGCCUUCACCGCCUUCGAGGAGGCGCAGCUGCCGCGGCUCAAGCAAGAAAACCCCAACAUGCGGCUGUCGCAGCUGAAGCAGCUGCUCAAGAAGGAGUGGCUGCGGUCGCCAGACAACCCCAUGAACCAGCGGGCCGUGCCCUUCAAUACCCCCAAGUGAGCCCAGAACUGGGGGAGCCGCCCUACAGGCGGUCAGGGUCAUGACCUCACACGCCGUCCGCUGGGUCAGCUGCGUGGGUUACAGAGAGGUCCGGGGCUGAGGCAAGCAUCCUGGGGGCUAGGUGGCAUCAUCGGUCGUGCCUCCCACCGGAGGGUCCCUGCUUCAAGUGACACCCACCACCCCCUUCCUGCGCCCGUGGAGCCCUGGGGCUGAUGCCCAA